AUGUCGGAACCUAUGAACAACGACGUCGAGAUGCAGUACAAGCCUCAGGAGCAAAUGCAGGCUGCGCCAAGCGAUGCCCAGAUCGAACAAGGCAACCAGACUGAGCAGAAGCCCAAGCGUACCUUCCUCGGCAUGCGUGGUGGCGGUCUCCUGGUUGACAUGUGCGCUUGCUUCAUCUGCUGCGAGUGCAUGGAUGGAUGCUGCCAUGCCAUUGACGACUGCUUGUGCUGCUGCUGUUAG